CGACAUCGAAAAUGUUGUUUAUCUUUCGUGUUGCAAAACAUUGCAGUGUAGUUUGAAAAGUUUUUAAAUUUUUCAAGUGAUUUAAUUUUUUUGGGCUAAAACUAUGCCCCAUAUUGACUGCAGUGCCGUUGAAUUUUAGUGAACAUGUCCUGGCUCCAGGAUUUGGCCGGAAAGGCCGAAAACAUUCUUACCAAGAUAGACCAAAACGCAGCCACAGUUUUGACCCGUCAAUCGGCCGAAGAAAAUGGUGAUGUGGAACCACUACUGGAAGUCACCACUACCGUUCCUGCUGGGGAAACCCCUCUGGCAUCCGUGAAACUUCCGGCCCCUAAAGCACUCUCGCUGAAUGUUAAGGCCGGAUCCCCGAGAGGGAUGGUGCGAUCUGCUUCUUCGGCUUCACACGAGAGGAACCACUUUUUCGAGACUGAAGGAGGAGGAUCUGCGAAAUCCGAAAGGCAAGCUUCAUCCAGGAGGAGUUCGAUUAGCUCUAAGAGAGACGGAACCGUGAUUGAGUUUAAUGCGAAUCCUGUAGUUGUUAGUGGAAGUCAAGAUUCUGGGUACUCGUUGGAGAAAGAAUUAGCAGCAACGAAAAUAAUUUUGGCGGAAGUUAAAUCUGAACGAGAUGAACUGAAGAUCGAAUUGGACAGUGCCCAAAAUCAGUUGAACAAUGCUGAACAGGAAAAUAAGGUCAAAGAACUGGAAGCUCUUUGCCAAGCUCUGAUUGACGAGAAAAAUGAGCUAUAUGUGAAACAAACCUCCACCCAGGAAUCAAACGCCAAAUAUAUCAAAUCCAUAUCGGAGCUGGAAUCGAUAGUUUCAAAGCAUAUUCAGAACGAACAAGAACUUCAACAAAAACUAGAGAUAGCUAAAACGGAAACACAAAAUGUCACUACAGAAUUACAGCAAUAUCGAGUUCGGGCUCACGCAACGCUCCAACUUAAAGAAAAAAUGAUCGAACAACUGAAAGAGAAUGUAAUUCCAAAUGCUAUGAACAAAAAUCCCAACGCAAACUCCGAGCAAAUAAUGCUCAUAGAGCUCGAACAGCUGAAAAACGAACGACAAAACCUCAUCGAUGAAAUCUCAGCUCUCAGCGGAAAAUUCGAGCGAAGCAAACUGCAAUGGCAAACGACGGAGGACAGGUUCAACGGAACCGUCCGGGAACUUGAAGGAAAAGUAGAAGAACUGCAACAAAGACUCAACGUAGAAACUACGAAACUCCACCAGCUGGACGAUGAUUUGGGCAUUAAACAGAAGGAGCUGCUCUCGGCGCGAGAAGAACUCGUUAAGCAGCGGACGGCCUUUUCCGUUAAAGUUCAUGAAAAAGAAUCGGAAAUAACGAAGCUGCGCAACAAGAUGCACAAUCGCCCCACCAGCCCUUCUUCCGAUUUGGAGCUCAGAUUGUCUUCACUCACGCAAUCCCUGGUGCAGAAGCAGAACACUCUGGAAUCGAUAACCGCCGAGAGGAAUGCACUUCGUCUUCAGCUUGAGAAAUUAGAUACUCAAUAUCGAGGUGUAGUCUCGCAGGUCCGACAGCAACGCGCGCCAUUCAUGAGCUCCAACGAAACAGAUGAUGCCAAAUCGCAAGUGCCGAACUUCAUGGUCGAAAAUCCCUUCGACAACAAAAUGGCUAGACGCGUUAAACGGGCUUACUCGUCGUUGGAUUCGAUCGGCAUUCGACUGGGAGUGUUUCUGCGUCGAUACCCGUUGAUUCGGAUAUUGGUGAUUUUCUACGUGGCUCUGCUGCACAUGUGGGUCAUGUUUGUGCUGCUCUCAUCUACACCGGCGUAAGCUGAAAUGGUGGGGCAAACUAUUUUACGGUAGGUAAUUGUAUGAUUGUAUAUAUUCAUGACUGGCGAUAACAUAAGGUUCAUAAUAUAGUCAAUGGCAAUUUAUACAUCUUCAAACGUC